CGUCCCUCCCAGCCCGGCCGCUGACGCCUCCCUCGCCUCCUGCCCACCCUCCAUCCUCGGUCGGCCCCGGGAACCCGCUGCCGCAGCCGGACCGACCCCACCCCGGCCAUGAAGGGCCCCCCGCGCGGAGGGAUGUUCUCCCGGCAUGUCAAACGGCACCCCGGACUCAUUCCCCUCAUUGGCUUCAUCAGUGUGGGCCUGGGCAGCGCGGUGCUGUACCUGCUGAGGCUGGCCCUGUACAGCCCCGACGUCAGCUGGGACCGCAAAAACAACCCCGAGCCCUGGAACAAGCUGAGCCCCACGGACCAGUACAAAUUUCUGGCAGUUUCCACUGACUACAAGAACCUCAAGAAGGAGCGUCCCAGCUUCUGAGCCAUCCCCGGGACCUGCUGGGGCAGGGGGGGAACCCACCCCCGCCAGGAGCCCCCCCACGGCCCCUCCAGCUCUGCCAAAGGUCCCACCGCUCCCCCAGCACCCCAAAACCGUGUGGCCGAGCCCCCCCCCCCCAAUAAACCACAUCCCUGCAGGGCC